AUUACGACUCAAUAUCCAAACAAAAUACAAUCCAAAUCUAAAAUUUCCUAUAAUUUAUACUUAGAUCGUGAUGCGUAGUUUUAUCAUCAAGCAAAUGAAUUAAUUUCGAAAUUCGUUUUGCCUCAAAAAAAAAAAAGAAAAAGAAUUUCAUUAACAUGUCACCAAAUUAAUUAAGAAGAAACUUGUAUAUAUAGUUUCCACUCCAAACUCAAGAAGUAGAUCACUUCUAACUAAUUGAUUUCCUCCACCACCACCACCACCGUGGCCGCCACGCACGGCGGAAAUGUCACCGAAAUCCCUAAUUCCAUCCAUGGUCUUCCUCCUGGUCCUCCUCGGCGGGUCGGCCACAAGGAGCCGGCGGCCAUGCAAGGAGCUGGUGUUGUAUUUCCACGACAUACUCUUCAACGGCGGAAACUCGAAGAACGCAACGGCGGCCAUCGUGGGAGCACCGGCGUGGGGGAACAACACCAUCCUGGCCGGGAACAACCACUUCGGCGACGUGGUGGUUUUCGACGACCCGAUCACGUUGGACAACAAUCUGCAGUCGGCGGCGGUGGGGCGGGCCCAGGGGUUCUAUCUGUACGACAAGAAGGAGAUAUUCACUGCGUGGCUAGGGUUUUCGUUCGUGUUCAACUCGAGCGAGCAUAGGGGUUCCAUAAAUUUUGCCGGCGCGGAUCCGUUGAUGAACAAGACGAGGGACAUUUCGGUGAUUGGCGGAACGGGAGAUUUCUUCAUGACCAGAGGGGUGGCCACCAUCAUGACCGAUGCCUUUGAAGGGGAAGUUUACUUCAGGCUUCGUGUUCAUAUUAAACUCUAUGAAUGCUGGUGAUCAAUAUGCUACCUCUUGUGUUCUUGCUCUUUUUUAUUUCUUUUUUUGUUAAUGGUUUGUUCAAGGUUAUUUUUUGACUUUUUUUUUUAAUAAAUCGGUUUUGUUUGAUUUUGUUUCAAGGGAAGUAAUUAACAGUGUUAUUACUUUUUCA